UCUGGUAUUCUUGGCGCCAAAACCAUGGACGAGAAACUAGGUCUCCCUGCCCCUUCCCCUUCAAACCCUCAACUCCUCUCUGAAACCGCAGCUCAACUCUCAUCUCUAGUUGACGAUGUCAUACAACAAGCACAAGGAGCCACAGAGAACAUGCUUCGGAUGAUAAGUGAGAUCGACGAAAGCUCCAAUGGUAUAACAGAGGAAAUGGCUCAGAGUAAGGAAUCAACAAUCAACAGGAAGAAGACGUUAGAAGAAGAGAGAGAACGUUUUCAAAACGCAGCCAUGAAUGUGUUGGCGAUGCUCACUGGUGAGAACAAUUAAGAUACUGUAGUCUUUGAAGUCUUUGAACCUUACAGCCAUAACUAGAGGAAAUUUACAAGGAAUCUUUGUGUCUGUGUUUUUCUUCCCCCAAAUGAUUUUGGAAUUACUUUGGUAACAUUAAAAAGGCCAAAUAAUUGAGAAAAAAAAUACUUGGGGAGAUUUACUUUUCUUUUUUUCUUUUUUCC